ACUGGGUCCCACCGGCUCACUUCUCCUUCUCCAGUGCGGCCCCGAUAAGACGAGCAGAGCCUGGCUAGGGUUUUGGGAUUUCGUCGGCGGAACCGCCCCCCCCCUCGUCUCCACGAGCAACCGCCGCCGCCUUCCCUCGCCCCCGACGUCGUACGCCCCGGCGACCUUCCUGGAGCUCCGCCGCCUCCCUGCCCCCUCCUCCUCGAGCACCACCGCUCUCGAUCCCCACUCGCGCCGCCCGCAGAUCUGAUUCAGGGGUUCCCGGCUCUCCCAUCCAGGGUCAGGGUCAUACUCGUCGGCCACCAUGCAGGCUAGUGACAGGUUCAACAUCAAUUCUCAACUUGAGCAUCUUCAAGCCAAGUAUGUCGGAACAGGGCAUGCUGACCUGACCAGAUUUGAAUGGGCUGUAAAUAUCCAAAGAGACAGCUAUGCAUCUUAUGUUGGACACUAUCCGAUGUUGGCAUAUUUUUCCAUUGCUGAGAAUGAAUCUAUUGGAAGGGAGCGUUACGAAUUUAUGCAGAAAAUGCUGCUUCCCUGUGGCCUCCCUCCUGAGAGAGAUGAAGACUGAGGAGUCAGUACUGUAGUGCUACCUCCACAGCAGCUUGUGUUCAGAUGAUGUUUGUUACCAAAGUCUUAAGCUCAGGCACUUUGUGUGGUUGUGUUUGAACAUCUUUAGCACUGUGCACCCUGUUCUUGCUUGUAGUCCUCUCUAUCUCUAUGGAUCCUUACCCGUUCAGAUUGGUUUGGUUAUCCCGCUACCAUCUCGUUUAAAUUAUGGACGCAGGUGGCUAUCUUUUCUCAUGAAUGGGUAAAUGUAAUGUGAUGUCGUA